AUGGCAAUGAAGGAAACUGCAGAUGCAGAGAAGGCGUUGAAGCACUUGAACCCAGAUGGGAAAGAAGACCUCUGCCCCAAAACAAAGCACCACCCAAAGGAGCCCAUGAAGCUGAACUCGAUCCCAUCUGAAGAUCAAAGCAAGGCUGAGCCAUCGCAGUCGUCCAAACCAAAACCUGCAAGUGUCAUCCCGGCAAAGAAGAGGUCCGUGCUGAGGAUGAUGUUUGAUCGAAUUGGCCAAUGGUUUCGCCCUGCUUCAGCUUCUGCUAGAGCCUCUGAAACCACAUCAAACGCCAACAAGGUCAUCAGCAACCACGUUUACCCAAGCCCUUAG